CGGGUCCAACAAACAUGGCGGACAGAGGUGGAGGUAUUUUCGGUUACAAAUAGUUGGGAAAAGCCUGCGUGUUCGCUAUGUAAUUCGCCAAUUAACUCACCCGUCCUCCCUUGUAAAAGAUGGCUGCUUUUGAAGAUUUCGAGGUAUGUGUUUUGUUUCACUCGGUUGAAGGUUUAGAGGCUCCAAAAGUGAUUUAACAAGUUAGUUUCCGGUGAAGGAGGGGUUGCAUUUUAUAAUUUUUGUUAUAGUAUUGAGUUUAUUUAUAGCUGAUUUAAGCAAUUCAGGCGGUCCUCUAGCUAGUUUAUUUACUGAACAGUAUAGUAUGAUGUGAACAAAUUUUGUGUUGUUUUAUACAAUCCUUAUUCAACCCCCCUCUUCUUCAAAUAUAAUUGAGAAUUGAUAGGGAAGGGAUGACAAAUGACGUCAUCACGCACGACACAUGACGUCAUUUUUGCAAAAAAUACUCAAUAACUCUGAUCGUCACAAAUUUGUGGUGACACAAAACCGGAUUUGAUGAGGAAACAUUCAAUGUUAAUAAUGGUAACAGGACUGAGUGGAGUCCAAUUCGGUCUGUAAUCAUACGAAUCAUUAAGGGAGCGCGUCCAAAUAUCGGUAGGGAACCCGAUCAUGGGAAACGGACCCGAUUAAUUUUCCAAUUGAUCGGAAUCGGUACCGAUCUAUAGGCACCAGUUGCCGUUUCCGAUUAUGAUAAAAACUUUGCCGAUUCAAUCGGAGUCGGUUGACAUUCUGAUGUUCAUAUGUGUCAUCGUCAUAUUAUUUUAUCUGAUAUGUAAAAUGAAGCGUGUCACGAAACCAAAUAAUGAUAGAUUCGUUUCACUCCAAAGUAAUUUCAAGCGACUGCACCUUUUUUCUACUCCAUAACAAAUAGCAAUACUUGUAUGUUCCUGCAUGUUGUGUUUCGAGUUUGUUGAUUUGAUGCGUGCCUAUACACGUGAUUUUCGGCGUUUUGCAGAGGUAUUUCCUUCAGUCGAUCGCAAACACCACGCUGCUCCAUAAAAUUUAUUCUAUGAAAAUUAAAAGGAGUUAAAUAUUACGAUGCAAAACACCACUGUUCUUCGUUGAUAUAUAGCAAACAAAACACCUUACUCAGUAGUGUGUUCUUUACUCGAUACUUUCUAACAAUGCAAUCCAAAAACACAACCGGAACUCACUUUCUCGAAACACAACUGGAUUCAUAGACUUGUUACAAGUAGACCUCAACGAGUUUCCUAGCGAGCGGAGCGAGAGCAAAACCAUGGGAUAAACUUUACGAAAACUUGCGUCUUUCAUUCAACGAUCCUAAACGCAAGGUGUAAUGCGAUCUGAACCAAUUAGAUUGCGGGCUCAGAUUGUCUCCAGGGAAUUAGCAACAAAAACUGAAAGAUUCCCACACUUGCGAGUCACGGAAGACACGGAACGAAGUUUCAUACAGGAGCUACCAAAGAGAGAAUGGCUUAGCGACUUUUCUGUAUGUUCUGUGAGCUUGAGCAUGGUGCCACGUGAAAUUGCUUUCCACUCUCAGCACCUAGAAAAAUUUGCGCUUGACUCUAGGUAGCUGACUUUUUGACAAAAAUCAGAACCUUUUUUACUGGAGUGUUCAACUGAAGCAAACUGUGCAUACAUCCGGUAAGUUCGACUCAAUUUAAUAGCGGAAAGAGAAUCGAGAAAGAGAAAACCAGUUGAACGCCUCUAUCAGUCACUUUUUUGAGUUCAUAUGCAACCAAUAAACAACUUGCAGCCUGAUUCUCAGACGAUGUCCUCUUCUCUCCUGUGGCAAUUUAGCAGUUAAAGUACACAACAUGGUAACAACAUUUGCAUUUUUUUCGUUUACAGUCCUAAACUGUUUAUUCCUCCAAAGAUUCCUAUAAUCAUGCGUUUUGGGUUCCAGUUAGCACAGGCUCAAGCUAUUUUAAAAUUAUCAUUUUGAGAUCGUACACUUGCAAUGUACAUUGCGCCAUCUUUCACUCAAAAGAUGCUCUUCAGUGUUGUUGAAUGACCUGCUGUUUCUUCUCGUACCCAUUUUGAUACACAAAUUUAAUAUUUUCUGGUUAUACUCUGUCAUAGGAAAUACAAACAAAAUAUGUUCGAAACUGUGACGUUAAAUUUCGGUUCAAAUAAGACACAUUUAUAAGAAAGAUAAGGUUAUAAAAAACGACAUUCACGCUUUUGCUUUUGCUUUUGUGACGGGUUAUUUGAGCUGCCAGAUAUUUUUGAUGACCUUUGUUAAUUGGCCCGAUAAAGACUUGAGACCCGUUGCCGAUUCCGUUUCAUUCGGUACCGAUAAAAUCGGGUCCGACCUUCAACGGAAUCGGAAAAAAUCGGUGCCCAAUUGAUCGGCGUCGGUGUGACCCGAUGCCGAUAUUUGGACGCGUUCCCUAACAAAAUCUGACGACUGCGUAGCGGGAGUCCGAUUUGUUUAAUGAAGAGUAUGAUUGCAGACUGAAUUGCACGACAUGAAGUUCUGUUAUCAAUUGAUCAUAACUUUAACAAAAUUUGUGAUAUAUAUGUGAUAUAUAUAUGUGAUAACAUAAGAAAUUCAAAGAUUAUUUUUUGCUAGCAGUGAGAAAAGCCUUUUUAAGCGCAUGCCUGAUGGCGAGUACUGUCCAAUUACUUAGGCAUGAUGUGUACUGUCCUCUUAAAUUGUCCCUCUAUUAAGGCUGAAAUCAGGGCAGUAAAAUAAGCAUCUUAGAACGUGGUGGGGAAUCUUAUAUUAAAGGGGUGCUCAUAAUCUCUAUUAUGGGGUAAGAUAGUGCAGAUGUUGGUCUCAAUUAUUAGGACAGAAAAGUAAUAUAAUUAUUUGCUUGGAAAGGUAUCAUUUAGGGUUGUGUAAGAAAUAUCUACAUGUAUAAAAUAUAUCAUACUAUGCUGGAGCAGAAACUCAUAAGGGGUUGUUCAACCCCUUAUGAGUUUCUGGCUGGAGUUAAGUCUCCUUUCGGAGUUCAAUAAAGCCUGAGCCAUGCCAAGAUUGGUCUCAUUUAGGAUCACUUUUUGAUGAAAGUUACUCCCUGGGCUAGGAACCUAUCUAAGUUAUGGCCAAGAAGGGGGGUUCUGCUUAUUAGAUAAAGGAUGCUUAGCUGAUAGGGAGGGGGUACUUGUUAAGUUUUUGUUUCACCGAGCUUAAAAUUUACCAUCUUUCAUUCUUUCACCACACAGUGAAAUAUCAACAUUGUUUAUCCUAGCAGUAUGCAGGAUGCAUGUCAAAUAUGAACCUAGUAUAAUGGCCUCGCUCUCCAUGAGUUCUCCGUAGCUUAAGUGGAUAGAGCACCCACCCGGUGUUUGGGAGGUCAUAGGUUCGAAUCCUGUCGCGGUCUCAGAUUUUUUUUUGUCCCACGCUCAUGACAUGCUGAUCGUUUCAUUUUCACAAGUUACCUUUAUUUUGGUAAAAUCUUGAAGUGAUGUCAUUUUUUGUGUAGACUAUGAAGAAUCCCUGUUUUGCUCUGAAAAUUUCCCAGCCUCAAUUUAUGUUUGGUCGUGAUGUCACAAUUAAGUACUUAACAGUAUUCUUGAUGUGUUUCAUAAAUCCUUGGUAUUAUUUUUUUACAUCUAGGGGGAUUUUGAUGCCUAUGAAUAUGUGGAACGUUUGGCGACUACCGUGGCAGGUGGAGGAUCCAAAGGAGGUGCUGAUGCUUUUGAUCCCAGAGCUUUGUCGGAUGUUUUUGAAAAAACCAUCCGUGAACUGACAGCCUUAGAUGAAAAAAUGCAAGGGAGGAUUAAUAAACUUGAAGAACUCUGUUCAAAGGAACAAGAAGAACAUAAGCAGAAAGUCAGAGAACUGGAGACAACUUACAAGGUGUGCUGUGAUUGUUUUCUUCAUACAGUAUUAAAAUGAUUUCCGUGCUUUUUUUUUGUCAUCCAUUUUUAAUUAAUCUCUAUUAAGUUUUAACGACAACAAAUUUAUAAAUACAGUAUCUAAGCUCAAUAGCAUGAAGCAUUAAUAAAAUUACCAUUUGACAAUACAUGCAAGUAAAACUUAAAUCGUUCAAAUAACGCAAGACAGUAACUACAAGGAAACACACAAAAUAAAUAUUAUUGAAAUAAUUGAGUAAGUUCAGCAAAUCAGGUUAACAAUCCUAAUGGAGAAGGAGUGUAAGUGGUGACUUUGCUGGAUUUAUUAACUAAGUCACUUUCACCCUUUUGGCACCAAGCAUGUCAAUUGUCUUUGUCAGAUUUUUUUGUUAUUGGAAAUAAUUAUUUAGCACCCUUUGUUUGCUUACCUUAUCUGUGCAUUUUGAUUUGCUGUUAUUUUUGUUUCACAACAGACAGCUUCAGGCCUUUUCCAAGAGUUAGAUGACAGAAUAAACUAUGUUGCCACUAAGGUUGUUCACUUGGGAGAUCAACUAGAGGGAAUCAACACCCCACGAUCUCGAGCUCUCGAGGCCCAAGAGCUCAUGAAGUACUUUGAUGAAUUUGCCACUGGAAAACUGAGUCCAAAAGUCUUCAGUGAUCAGUUUGAGGUAUGCGCUAAAUGUUGGCAACAUUCCAGGGAUGAAAGUUAACUCCAGUGCUUGGUGGUCAGCCAGUCAGUUCAAUAGCCUCAGAUAAUUAUAGUAAUAAUAUCAUAGGUGAGGAAUUACUCCUUAAUUUUGGUGCGAAAUUUCAGCGUUAAUUUGUAAUUUCACAUGUGAAAUUACUAAAUUGCCAUGGCAACGUGCCGUACGUCUCAGUGUCAAGAUGGCAACGAAGUUUUCAAAUGUCAUGAAUGAAGAUGUCAGGGCAUAAAAAGAUGCUUUAGAAAACCUGAACACACGAAAGAGCACAUCAAGAAGGAUUCUUAGAGGUAUGUUGUCGAAAUAUUCUGAAAACUUAAAGCCAAAUUUCAGCUCUAAUUGUUUGAAAAUCCUCGAUUGCUAACGUAGUUCGUCACCCAUGAUAUUAAUGGUAAUCAAAUGGCAUACUCGUGAAAUUAGGGAAUAAUUUCACUUGCGUUUUGUCCAAAGCCUAAUAAUUUUCCUCGCCUAAAGGCUCGGGAAAUUAUUAGGCUUUGGACAAAACGCAUGUGAAAUUAUUCCCUAAUUUCACUCGUCACCAUUUGAUUAUAUUAAAGAUGAAACAACAACAACAUGAUAUUAAUUUGAGGAGGACUCGGAAAAAAAAAUGCGAGUCCCAGAUGGGAUUUGAACCCACGACCCUCCAUGAUCUAGUUGGAUGCUCUAACCACUUGAGCUACUGGAGGCUCUAUGGUGAGCAAGGGCCAAUUUGUGGGUCUCACCAUUUUGAUUACACAUACUAAUAUUAUUAGUAGGCUAGAGCCAUUGAUUGCAUCAUUAUUAAUAAUGUUUUUUAUUAUUGUUUUUUACUUUUGGUAGAUUCAUGAAGCUGCAAACAUUAUCCAAAAAUUGUCACUUAUUGCUCAAGAAUUACCUUCAGAGAGGUAUGUACAGGUGUACUAGUGCAUGAUAUUGAUCAAUCAACAAUGUUGGGCUCAAUCUACAACACACCAUUUAACCAAUAACCAUGGUGAAAGAAUGAAAGAUGGUAAAUUUGAAUCCUGCUGAAGCAAAUGUGAAAAUGAAAUAAUCGGUACAUCACAAGCGUGGGACAAAGAAAAAAUCUGAGUCCCCAACAGGAUUCAAACCUAUGACCUCCCAAACACCGGGCGGGUGCUUUAUCCGCUUGAGCUACGGAGAACUCAUGGAGAGCGAGGCCAUAUACUUGGUUCAUAUUUGACAUGCGUCCUGCAUACUGCUAGGAUCAGCAAUGUCGAGAUUGUAAUGUAUGAUGAAAGGAUGAAAGAUGGUAAAUUUGAAGCUCGGUGAAACAAAUGUGAAAAGGAAAUAAACAGCAUAACCACUUUGGCAAUUUUGUCUGAAGUUUUGUUAAUCUAAACAGAGCCACCAAAGUUUUUGAUCAAUGUGUGUAAUUUAUUUUCAUUUCUAUUUUAGGUUCGGCCCUGUCAAAGAUAAAAUCAAAGGUGGGUGUCUAGCCUGACUUUAAGUAAAGGAAUUAUUUGAAUUAUUGACCUUAUGCAUUAAUCGUGCAAUGGUUUGCCUGGUUUUGAUUGCUUCUGACUGGCCAUUGUGCGUCAUUCGUAAUGCAUACUGCUGGUCAUAUUUAGAGCUGUCAUUAGGGGCUGUAAGGUCCCACAAGACCUGUUAAGACUGUGCUCAUUUGAUAUCAUGGGUGAUCAAAGAGGGAAGCUCAAAUUAACACUAUAAAUUUUUGUUAAGAUGGUAUGCAGUGAUUUUAUUACAAAUAGUUAUGGUGAGUCCUGGGACUCAUCCUGUGAAAAAUCAUGAGUCCAAGUCCAGAGCCAUUGAGUCCCAUAAUUCAAAAACACGAAUCCCUGGGUCUUUAUGUAACCAUGGGGUUAAUCUAAAGACACACUCCGAAACUCGGUAUUACAGUUUACUGAUUCAGAAAUAAAAAUAUACUCCUUCUAUUCUCAAGCACAACAAAGACUAAAACAAAUAUGCAUCGUUAAACAUUACUGCCUCAAGAACAGCCACAGAAAUCGCACAAACAGGAUAUUCUUCAAAAACGUCUCCAGAUUGAUCAAUCGAUCUUUGCGUCUUAUGGGAUGAAUGCCAAAAAUUAUUUUGCAUCUCUGGAGAUUUUUAUGUGUCAUUGGAUAAGGGCGAGAAUGUUUUCCUUGUUUUAUUGGAUCUGUCGGCAGCAUUUGAUACCGUUAACCAUUCCUUGCUGCUGGCACGGCAGAAAUCAUUUGGCAUCAGAGGAACUGUACUGCAAUGGUUCGAGGUUCCCCAAGGUUCAGUUCUUGGACCUGUUCUCUACCUUCUGUAUACUGCGCCACUUGCUAAAGUGAUAAGAGGUCAUCUAUUCGCCGACGAUACUCAGUUAUACUUUGCAUUCAAAACAAAAUCACUGGUUAUGGGUAAACCGUCAUUUCAAUACUGUGGCUGCUUUUAUAUUGACAGCCCUGAUAUUAAUAAGGUUAUGAUUAAUAAAGAAGAUAACAACUGGGCACCCAAAAAGAUCAUUAAAUUGAUGACUGUACUACAAGACUGUACAGUAAGAAAGUGGUUGGGACUAUUUUGUCCAACACCAUCUUGAGUUUUUCCAGGCUAGAUGGUAGAAUAUGGUUUAAUAGUUGUUUUAGUUUUUUAAUUUUUCCUUUUUUAUCCAUUGUAAAUAUAUUAGGAUAUGGUUGUAAAUUUGUAAAUAUUUUCAAUAAUGUUGGUCAUAAUGACAAGGUGAUUUUUUGAACAGGGCUGAUCAUCUGGUUGAUUGCGGCUGCAACAAUACGGUGGCGUAUGGAAGAUGAUUCAUGAUGGGUAGGCACGGGUUACUGACUGCAGUUGUUUGGGUGUCCUGGGUCUUAUUACACUAACUUGUACAUGUACCUGCAGAAUGCCAUGAUCGAGUGGAGGAGGCAUUGAUCAAAGAAUUUAAAGAGGCUCAUCACCAGGGAAGCAUCAGUAGAAUGAGAACCUGCGCAGAGACUCUACUGCCCUUUAAGGUAAAAUAUAGAACUAGCAGUAGGUGUUUGCUAAGAAGUGCUGGUGAACAUGUAAGUUUACCUUGGAGAUGUGAUUGAUAAGAACUGCUUUCAUAAUAAUAAUUAUUGUGUAGGUAAUUACCUACACAAUAAAAAAAUAAUAAUUAGGGAAAGCCCUUUUAGUUCCAGUGUCAACAAAAGGAAUCACUAACAGUAAACAAAACUCAUAUUUAAUCAUUCAAUGAUUUUAUUCACGGUCGCUUAAGUACAAUAUGCCUUCAAAUAGUUAGGAGCGAGGAGAGACGGCUAUAUUUAUAGGCAAAGAUACAUUGAGACAGUAGCUAGUACAUGACGGAAGUUAAGUAAUCAUGACUGCACAAAGUCUUAUUUUUCAAUCAAAUAUAUAAUCCCUGUUCAAUGAACGAAGGCCCUUGAUAUCCAACGGAAAAUAAUAAAAAAAGCUUUAAUUUACCACCGGAGUUUAAAGCCUAUUAAAACUUUCAAGUGACAAGCAACGUAACUUGCUUGAAAAAUAUAAAAACCAUGCACUGGAGUCAAACCUGAAUAAACUUAAUUUACAUGGAUUUCUAGACUUGUUCCGCACUAAGCUGAGAUGAGGCUCUACUUUCAUUUUCCUUGGUCAAUAGAUUCCCAGCUGGCAAUGGGAAUUGAAAAGUCUCACAUUUAGUACAGUUUUGAAUACAGUACUUGUGUACCUGAAUUACGUGUGGUUGUGAAUGGAACAAUGAUCAUGUGCAUGAUUACUGUGACAUCAGUACAGACCUUAAACUCAACACUAGGGCUUCUACGGCCACAUACCAUGUACCGGUAUAUUUCAGGGGCACCCAAAGUCAGUUUUCUGUAAAAUAUCUGUUCACAGAAGAAAAAUUGCCUAGAAUCUUUUAUAGCUUGAGGAAGGCUAAACAUUUCUAGACGCUAAUCCAUUCAGGAGCAAUUUUCAAAGUAUAUCUAAUAUACUCCUUACAAUUUUCUAAAGCUCAAUUUUUUGCAUUUCAGUCUCCAGGUAAGGCUAUUUUUCGUCGAAAAAGGAAAUCUAAAAUUUUCUGAUUUGAAAAUGCGAUGGACAGAGGAAUCAGAAAAAUUCUUGCUUUAGCAAAACUUCAAAUUGCAUCGAAAAUUUUCGGGAAAAUAAUACUGAGACCCUUGUAAUAAUUAUUUAAAAAAGACUCAAGUUCCCCUAGGAUGACCGAACAAAUACAAAGUAUAUAACGCCACUCAGAAUUCCUUUCUAGAAAUCUGGAAGUACUCUGGAUAGCCUAAGAAGUGUUUUAAAUGCAUUUACACGUAGGAGAAAACCGUCAUUAGGUGCCCCUGAUAUUAGUUGGUACAACACGAGUAUCCCAAGAAUGAGGACAGAUUUUUGGAAAAACUUUCCCUAUACCGUUAUUGGAGUUUGGCUGAGUGACCAAGAUUAGUCUGCAGGGUCCUCUUGUCGCCCCCAAUAAUGUAGUUAUUAACAAUUAAUAACUGAAAUGACGAUAGGCUGAUUCCCCUGAGAGCCUUAUCUACAAAUUAAUGCAGUAAUUUUGUGGCUAAGUUUUUAAUCUUUUUUUCUACAGGGCUACUCUCAGUGCAUAGAUUCAUUCAUAGAGCAGAGUCAGCAGGUGUGAUAAUCUUCAUGAAUUCAAUAUUUAUCUUAUUUGUUUAGCCAACUUUCAGUUUACAAAAUAACCUUAGUUGUGAAUAGAAAUAAUGCAGGAUUGAAAUGGGUCACUCACUUCUCAGUAGCUUUCAUAUCAUUGGAUGGUGAACCUGUAGGUCCUCUGUCACAGAUCAAAGGUUUAUAAGACAGAUUACUUUACCUGUAAAUUUUUUAACCCUCCGAUGUACUUGCAGAUUUAUAUCCCCACCAUGGUACAAGGGGGCAUGGAUGAAACCCCUCCCUAGUGUUUUUGAUAAUUAUGUUGCAGUAUUUUCAAAGUUCAUUUUUGUUGUUUGUAAGAUUUGAUAUAAUACCAGAGGGAUAAAUUUGUUUGACAAGAAGCUGUGAUUUUUUCACUUAUAAGUAAUUUUUUUCAUCAACAUUCCAUAGCAAGUAAGGAAGCAUGAUAUUGGCAAUAUUGACGAAAUGAGCUAGGCAACCAUGACACAUCCCCUUUAAUGGUUGCUUGUUUUCACUCUGUGGACAGGGCCAGUUUCAUUCUGCUGAUGUGUUUCAAGAUGUGAUGCCACUGUGUGAGCAGGUUCACAGCAUGGUCGACAAAGUGUUUGGUAAUAAUGCAGAGGUGGUCAUGGGGAAAUUGGUGCAGAAUGUUCAUGAGGAAGAACUUAAGGUGUGAAAAAAAAACAAAGCGAAGUUUCCCAGGCAAGCCUUUUGAUAUCUCAGUGUGAAGAUUACUGUUAUUAUGGUGUGGAUAUCUAAACAUUCUGCUUAUUAUUGAGGGUUUUAUUGACUAAUACUGGGCUCAAAAUAAUGGCCAGUCAACACACAAUGUUUGGCGCAGAUGGCCAUUUGUUUGGACAAACUUUCAGUUGGCCUGUCAUUUUGACUGCUCAAGUGCAUGGCUUUCAAGUAAAUAACUGAAAAAAUAAAUUUACUGACAUUAAUUCUGUUACAAAAACAGUUAAAUCAAAAAUAUGUCAGCCGUUGCAGUUAUAAUUUCAGAGAUUAUGGAUGAGACGCCAUCUUAAGUCCUUCUGCUUGGCAGACCAAAUGGGACAGCAGUUAUAGCUGUACUGUCUGCCUUACCCAAUUUUUUUCUCAGGUAAUGAUCAGUGUCAUUUUUUUUUCCCUGUGGUAGAAACAUGUUGAUAAAAAACUGAUGAACUUUGGUGAAGAUAAAGAGCAAUCACUCAAGAACUUACAAAUACUUUAUGAAAGGUUUGUUUUUUUUUCAUGCAUGAGUUGACUGAAAUCUGAUCGGCAGCCUCAAUUGUACCACUAUCAGAAAAGGCUGGGCCUAGAGAUUUGGUUAAAACUGCCUUGUACAAAAUCAGCAGGUUGUACAGGCGAAACAAUUAUUGUCACAUCCUACAGCAUACUGUAAGAAGCAUUGCUCAGUGACUUUCAAUUGAGUGGUCACACUUCAGGGUGCAAAGAAAGUCAUUUUUAAAGCUUGCCAUUCGGGCAAGCUGAAGCUAGCAUGUACUAGCCCAAACGUCAUUUCAACUAGCCACAAAAACAUUUUGAUAAGCAGAAUUGAUUUCACAGUUCUUCUGUAAUUUGAAUUCCUCCAAAAACCUCCACUUGUCCGUCGGGCAAGUUAAGAACUAAAUUCGCUAGCCCUAUAGCAAAAUCCACUAGCCCCGGGCUUUUGGCCACUACUUUCUUUGCAUGCUGCACUUUCAUGUAACGAUUUUGUCCAGAGACUCAAUACUUAUAGCCACCCUGUUCAGCACAAAAACCGUACCACAGGAAAGUAUUGCCCAGAGCCCAGUUGUUGGAAAGAGGAUCAUCGUUUACCCGAGGGUUAAUUGUUUAAUUCAGGCCCCGUUUCUUUUGUUCAAAAGCAUUAUUUUCCUCUGUUGAUUUUAAAUAAAUUAUUGUUGUUUUAAAGUAUUCAAACAUCAAAUUGCAGGCUAAUUAACCCUUUAAGCCCCAAUAUCCACAUACAAAUUCUCCAAACUGAUCUCUACACAUUUCUUUAAAGAAUGAAUUGAGAGAAUUUGAUAAAAGAUCAAAGUAUUUUCUCUUAGGUGAUCAUUUAAUUAAUUCUCAUAACCUCAUCUCAUGAUAAUGUAUGGAUAUCGUUAGGAGAAAAUUGCUGUUGGUCACUAUUGGGACUUAAAGGGUUAACAAUUAUUCCUCGAGCCCGAAUGGGCUCUGAGUCAAUAGCCCAUGAGGCUGAACGCUGAAUGGGCUGUUUACUCAGAGGCCAUGAGGGCGAGAGGAAUAAUUGUUUUAGUGAAAUCCAACUAGUUGGUCAAAAAUAUUGAGAAUAAAAAACUUUUAGCUAGUUAAAGCUAGACUUUAAUCCUUUUUUGCCGCCAAAAAGCUCUCGCUUUUCGCUACUAGUGGGCUAUAACAUACAGCCUAGUAGUAGCUCAACCAAUCAGAACGCAGCAUUGAUAAUAGACCACUAGUUGGAUUUUACUAAAAGAAUUUAUACGAAUUUCCUUUGUCCAUAGUCAGAUCUGAAGCCAGAUCUCGCACUAAUCCUGGCUUAUCUGGACCCUUUAAACCCCAAGAUCAAAAUUUGAAUUCUCAUUGUUGCCUUGCAUUCAUUUCCUACUGAAGCAGUGGAGAGAAGUUGAUAAAAUAUCAAGCAAAUUCAUCUUGUGUGAUCAUGUCCAUAAUUCUCAUGACCACUCUGUUUUACAGAGCAUUGAUAUUACAAGGAGAAAUUUGAUGCUGAUCACUCUUAGGGCUUAAAGUGUUAACCCUGCUUUGAACAACCUGGCCUGGUAUGUUUAAUUUGAAUGGUAAAAACAUUUAGUUUUAAUUUCAUCCACAGAUUGGAAGCUCUAAAAAAACAGAGAAAAUUAUCCGGGAAAAUCUUUUGAACACAAGAAAAAACAAACAGCACCAUUUUAAAGGUUUCAUUGAAUCAGCUGUUUCAUCCACUUUCCAAAAUGGUCCUUGUAAGUGAAACAAAAACUAAUGGUCCUAAAGUAUCUUAGGGAUCGGAAGGGAUUGGAAUUAAGGACCGCUGGAGUAGCUUGAGCAUGACGAGUCUUAACGUUUUUCUCCUUUGCUUUGUUAUCAGAGCCAAGAAGCUUGGUGAAAGACUCUCUGUUUACAAGCUUGGAUCUGAUUCUAACUUUCUUGAGCGGCUGAGGAAGAAUAUGUUCAGUGAAUAUUUGCAGGCAUAUAUCAGGUGCGGUAGCUGUAAGUGUUAGCGAUCGAGUUUAAUUUAGGAGCUAUGUCUCAAAAUUUAGUCUAAUUCAGGGGAUGGGCACUGAGCAUAUAAAAUAACCACUUAAAACACUGAAGGAGGCUGUACACAAACCUGCAAAUACACAGGAAGUCACGGAUGGACAAAAUUGUAGAAGUUUGAAACGGAUUGCUAUUGGGUCUUUGAAAACUGUUCAACCUGAUAGUUUUGCACAGUUCAUCUCUGCUGUUUUAACUUUACGUAUAAUGCUUGGAAGGCCACGUUUGUCAUGCCGGAGGCUGUGUUUUUGUCAUUUACAAGUAAUUUUGUUAACUCUCGGUUAAGUUCCAGAAUUAGUAAGGGCGUGUAUUUGGCAGUGCUAAACCAAGUGGACUAGACUUUGUGACACAGCCUCUACGAAUGAAAACGACGACAGAAAGUCGCCACUUCUCUUUCAGCACCCAAAAUUAAAAGCCAUUUAAAAUUCCAUUCUUUUACGUGUAUUGUUCACUCCGAAAUUAAAUGUAACUGACGAGGUUUUCCCCUAAGAGUUCCUCGUAGGAUUUCAUCCAGAAACAAAUGUUAAAGGGGCUGUGUCACGGCAGUCCAGUUCAUUUUGUUUAAUUUUGCCAAUUACUUGCCCUCAAUCGCUAUGGAACUUAAAGUAAGUAAAGAAAUUACAUGUAAAUGACAAAAUCAGAGACCCGAGACAAACAAAUAUGUCUCCUGAGCAUUAUUUUUGAAGUUGCAAGCAGCAGGGAUCAACUUUGAAAAACUGUUAGGCUGAACAGUUUUCAAAAACCCUAUUUUCAAUCCGUUUCAAUCUUCUUCAGUUUCGCCCAUCCGUGGCAUCUGUUGUUUCUGUUGUGUUAUUUUAACCUUCCUUAAAGUUUUAAGCGGUUAUUUUUAUGUUUCUCCUAAUUUAACGGGCAGUUUGUAAUUUCCUAAUUUGGCUGAAUUUCGUGACACAGCUCCUUUAACGCCUAAAGCCCUUAGAGUAGCCCUAGUGGCACAGUUGGUUGGUGCGCGGCCUUCGGUACAAAAAAACAGUGUAGCGAGAGUGAAGGAGUGCGAGGUGCCGAGAUCGAUUCCCCUUGACACCACAUCCUUAUUUCAACUUCUCUUUAAACACCCUUAAAACGGAGCAUUGAUGGAGAGGGGGGUUGUAAAAUGAGCGCACAGUCGACCUCAAGUUUAUCAGUUGUUAAGCUUCACGUUUACGUCAAACGAAAAACGCGAAUUUGUAAAAAUUUGAAAAAUUUUUAGGGGAUAAAAAUAUAACUAUAUCUACCGUUUAAAUACUAAAAUACGUUUAGCAAGCUAGUGGUUUUGAACUGUAUUCUCGUUGGGUGCCCCUGAUCUUUUGAGGACAUGAUCAGGGAAUAUUUUAACAAAUUCUCCCCAGUACUUCUUUUGAAAACAUAUAGGGACAAGAAAUGAGAAUUUGAAUUUCGAUGGUUUUAUGUGCAAUAAUUCUAGUGGUGAAAGAUUACUUGCUGAUGGCUGUAGUAGAGUUCCUUUUUCUCCCUUUAUCGAUUUACGAUGGUGAUGAACUUGUAAGCUCAGUUUUGUCUCUGUCACGAGGCCUUGCUUGUUGUUUUGUUCUCACACUAUUAGAACAGAGCUGGCACACAUAUCAGAAAAAUCCACAGUUAUCUUGGAGAAAUACUAUAACUCAAUUAAGCACGAAAAAAGAGACAAGCCGACAGGUACCAGGUGAGUAGGGUGAUCUCUUUGUUACUCUUCUUGUUUUAAGUUUUUUUUUAAAUAUAUUCAACAAAUUUGCUAAAAAAACGAGGGGACAGUUUCGACGAUAAACACCACGGUGCACGCAGAUCUUAAUAAACGACUUGACUAAGGGUAGAACUUUUUAUAACGGCAAAUUGAAGCAAAGGGGCAAACGCGCCUGCAGUAUAUUUCCUGUAUUUAGGCCACCCCUGCCCCUAAGAAGCCCCCUACCCCACCCUAUUAACUAAACCUGAGGCACUGAGAAAAAUAAGCCCCCAGUCUGAGACGCUAAAAGUAAAAUUAGCCUGAGAAAACAGCCGACAGUUCCCGGCGCCACCACUGAUUUCCUUACGAAAUGAAGUCUGAGAAACGAGGGUAGAAAUUCCAGAUGAUGAUCUAGGUAGUGCUUCUGAUUGGCUGAAGCAAACGUCCCUCACCGCACGACCAAUCAGAAGCACUACCCAGCUCUGGAUAGUCACGCGUCAUCAGUGUGGAAUCUCAGCGCUCGUUUGUCAGACGUCAUUUCGCUGGGAAACCUGUGGUGGUCACCCACCCUCACCCUUCUUCCCCCCCCCCACCCCCCCACGGAAAAAUAGUUUACUGAGCGUAUAAUUGGCAAGAGAAGCAAGGACAAUUUUUUUGUAGCACACAAUUUAGCGUGGCCGAGCAGUUAGAGCGCUAGCUGGAUUUGUUCUCGGUAGUCCUCGACCACGGUUAUAAAGAGCCAACUGGUUACCCCCCCCGGCCACUCCGGAUUCUUAACUCCAUUCUGUUUAAUUUUAGAUUAUUUCUUUCCGUUGUUUGCUUGGUCGGACAAGCAUAAGUUAUUUAUUCAUUCUGAAUGGGACAAAAGUCAUAAUUACAUGUACCAAGUUUUUUUUACUGAGAAUUUGCGUGAUAUUUUUUAGCCUCAUAAGUCAGGAGAUCAGUAGGCGAAUACCACUCAGGACGCACGCCAAUUCACAGGAGUCCACUAAGGAAACGCUGCUCUCUCAAGACGUAGCUGUUAGUCUUCUGCAAGAAAAUAAGAUGGCACUUAAAAGAUGCGAACUGGUGAGCAAGUUGGCUUACAUUUUACAACCUAGUUUCACUGAACUGAAUUCUUUGCACCCCUCAUUAUACGGUAUAGUAAACUAAGAACCAUUGUCUUAAAUUGUUUUAACUCUUCCUACCCUGGCGUUAACUAAAACAACAACAACAACAACAACAACAACAACGACAACAAAUAUCCCUAGUUCAAUUUUGUAGAAGAAAAACAACUGAAACGAAGAUCGUUCAGAGAUGUUUUGCCGUCCAGAAGGUGACAACACAGGAUUUUGUCUACCCAGCAGUACAGGUCCUUUUUUGGGGGGGGGGGGGGGGGGGGGGGGCAAGCCAGCUCUCAGUUGUUCCUGCAUGUAGCUGCAAUCUUUGAUUUUAAAAGCAGAGAUAGAUUGGAGAGAGUGUGAUAAAUAUGGUAGUCAGCUUAAAAUUUAGUAGGAAAUAUUUGCCACUGUGUCCCGAGCUUUUUCGUGCUUCAUCGCUUUUCAAAUACCCUUUAAUCCGCCAGUUAUCCUUUAUACCCUGCUAAAAAAUUACCCGGAACAAAGGAAACGAUUGCAGAUUUUAAGUUAAUUUAAGUCCCCACCCGCCUUUUGGGCCCCCACCCUGGUAGGUUGGUCCUACCAAACAAACUAGUACAUUUUGUUUUGUUAACUGAUAGUUUUCUCAUAUAAUCUGCAAAACUAACGAAAAUUCGAUCUUGAACGUAAACAACAACAGCUUUCCGGAUCCGUUAAUUAUCGGGGGCUUCGAGAAAUGGACCCCAGGCCCGCGGGAUGACUCGUAAGAGAAUGUUAACAGUGCAGGGCAUUUACUUUGUAGUUAUCGUCGCCAUCUGACGUGGCCACUAAUGGAGUGGAGAUCUACCUUAAGCUGCUUUAUAAUCUGUGCAUUGAACACAUUGAUUAUGCCCUCAAUAUGACUUUGCAAGGUAAUGUACGUCUCAGUACUUUUAUUUGUGGCUUAAAAAAACGAAAGGUUAGUCAAAAGACAUCAGUAUUUAAUGUGUUUUUCUUUGCAUCUGAUUCAUUUGCUGAUAAAUAAUUUUUUAUUUUUCUUCUCUAAAACCCCCAAACUGAAGGUUGCCACGCGAUAAAAACUCGUUAUCAGUCGGUGUAUUGUCAGAAAAAUAGUCUGCCUUGCCAACGUAAAACAGUGGGAGAGGGGGAGGAUGUUUUUUAUUCCUCCCCUAGGGCUGUUCUCCAGGAGAGCCCUGGUCUUCCCUUUCCCUUUGCUUUGGCCCUUGAGUGAUAAGCAAAUCCUUGAUAAAACUCCUGUAUAGUGGGCACCCUGUAAUUUUUAGCUUCAUAGCUAUGGACUCCUUUCAGUUUUUCUUAGAGCACAGUCGUUUCUCCUCCUUCUUUACGGAUGAAAGCUGUCAUGUUAACGGCAAAUGUGAAUUUGUACCAUGUGACCAAGUUUUUCCUUAACUUGUGCUUUACUAUUUAUUCCUUCUACCCCAAACUUAGUAGCUUUACGUUAUUUUUGUCUAAAACAUAUGUUUUGAAUUGUCUUUAGCUGCGCGUUUUCUAAUUUAACAAAUUCUCAACUCGAAUCUGACGUUUGCCGUAAACGUCACUCUAAAUCUCUCUGUUUCUUCCUCGAUCUCUCCUAACUUAUGCACCUGUUUUGCCUUAUAAAUACCACAAAUGAUGUCCCCUUUGUUUGUUACAACUCUUAUUUUGAAGAAGUCCGGUUUGGAAGCUUUCUUUUUUCUUUAUUGUUAGCAUUGCCGUCCGCAGAGCCGAAAUCUCCACCCGAGAGCCUGUUCUUUAAAGUCGUCGAGCAGGCGAAUGCAAUCUUUCAUUUGUUAGAGAAGCAUUUCACUGACUGUGUGAUAGGCCUGGUGGCGUAAGUAUGAUUGUUUGUACCCUACUUCCUUUUACCAUAUACGGAAAGGAGAACAUGCAAAAUAUAUAUGGUUAUUGACCGAGAGUGAGGUCAAGAUGGCUCGAUAUUAGACAACGAACGGUCGUUUUUGUUCCCUCAAAGCCACGCGCAGCGAGCGAAAGGGUUUCAAGCAUUCUUCCGUGUCUCAACAGAAAAAUAAGAGACUGCCCGCAGUCUAGCUCGAUAUUGGCCAAGUUGUUGUUGUUUUUUUUGCGUUAAGUAUAUAGUAACGGGAAAAAGGGAAAAAAGAAGAGAAGAACAAGGCCAAUACCCAGUCCGCUUCUUGACCGAAUGAGCUUGGUCAGUAAGGUAUUUAUUACAUACCCAAGAGAACUUUCUUCUUGCGGGACCUACGCGUGGGGUCGAUUGCCCGGUCGGGUAACCGAUCAGAACACACGAUUCACUUUAUCUUGACUGUUCGCGGCCGAACCAGCCAUUUUGAACGCCCUGGUAUUAUACUUGAAAAUUCUCUAUUGAACUGUUAAAACCCCGUUUGACAGUCUUUCUGACCAAGAAAGACGAAGUAAACAACGGCCUGACAGGACGAACCAAAGUUGGAAGGUUUUAUAAAAAGGAAUAGAAAUUCCCUGAUUCGAUGUUUUGUAUGCGCGGACAUUUCAUUCAUUGCCCACAAUUCGCGCAUCAUUAACUACCUUAACAUUCAACGUGUAUUUAUUGCACCCCACAGUUCACUUCAUCGCUACACUUCAUUUUUACAGCACGCAUGAUGAGAGUUUGGUCAGAGGGGAUUUUCAAUCAAUUUUUUUGACGGGUUUCAUUAGUUUUUUCUCGUAAACAGGUCAUCACCCGUGUACGCAGAAUGCGUUCGGAAAAAGAAGGAGGUCAUGAAUAUGAUGGAGAGUAAACUGGACUCGGGCAUAGAUCGGUAGGAACUCGUGACCAUUAAUGAUGUUUUCUUAUUGGCUAACUCCAAAGCUCGUAAGGAACUCAUGACAAAGUGCCGUGUUACUAUACAGCACACACAGAGGUGUGACUUCACCUUACCUUGAUAACACAAUUUCUGGAUCUCAAAAGUCUUUAUAUGGAGGGAGUAACCGAGACGCCCAUUUGCAUUGACGAAGGGUGGAAGAAAAGUAUGGGCUACCGUUUGUUCCUGAAUUCAAUCAUUCACAAGAAAGUCACACAUAUUAAUUUCUUCGCGGGUAUUUUUCUGUCAUAUUUGCCGGAACAGUUUGUUGAGAUCCAGAAAUUUUACAACCGUGGAAACGUGACGUAAUGACUUUUCUCUAUUCUGUGUGUCCAGUUUUCUUUGAUUAGUCUUAUUUUAUUUUUGUUUCUGUUCAGGAUUCUCACGUCAAUGGCCGGUUGGUGCAAAAGCAUUUUGUCGGCUGAACAGAAAAAAUCUGAUUUUAGACCUGAAGAACAUGAACUUGGGCUUGUACAGCGGACAGUGGUAAGCUGAUCUAGUUCACAAAACAACGUUAUUAACGCCGCGUCAGAGCCGAGCAAUGGUCUGAUUACCAUAUGUGACUUAAUGAGUAGCCUAGUCGAUGCGUUUAGACGGGGUAGGUGGUUGGUGCGAAAUAGAAAACGAAGUUUUGCCCUUUCCAUUCUCCUCUUCGUGUGGUUCUUACUACUUGAAUACCUAGAAACGGCUACUCAAAGUACUCGGCAAGCUCGGGAAAACUUGUAGCCGCUAGCCAAAGCCAAGGGCUGGAAAGCGUAUUGAAUACUCCCAGCGCUAAGCACGAGAUGGGUAGCCUGUGCCAGGCGCCACUGAGCAUACACAGGGAACUAUCAUAUCUGUCCAUGUUUUCUAUAAGUUGCAUUUCUCAAGAUGAUUGGGAUUUUCUACAUAGGCACUCCAUAUCCCAGGUUAGAGGCAAAAUUAUCCUCCCUUAGAUAUUAGGCCCCAUAACGUAUCAAUUUACAUUAACGAUGUAAAGAUAACUUAUAAAUUAUUCUGCUCGAUCUUUCUACGGUUAGCAUUAGGUGACAUCGGCUGAAGUCAGAUUGUUUCUUUCAGUAAAAUUACAUGAAGAACAACUUAAGUCCAACUUUACUGUGUAUUAUAAAAUAACUAAGAUAGUACGCGCGCUCUGAUUGGCCGAGAGGAGUGUUUGCAUGAGAGUAUGUAAACAUGGUUGUGGCGUCAAGUUGUUUAUCUUUUCGCGCGCUAAUCACGCAAGCACGAAUUUGAAAAAGUUUUCGUGUUCAAAACUCGACAAGUUUACUUUAUUUACCCAUUCCUUCGUCGGCUGAAACAUGGAAAAUCGUUACAAAGAAGGUGAGUCAAUUUUUCUUCGCUUAAGCUGACAUUUUAAGCGACAAAAAUCCGUAUUUUGCAAAGCAUCUUUUUCCAAAACAAGAGCUGAUUACGCGUGCAAGACUUCGUGGACAAGAUUUUGCGACUGGUAAGAAUUUCUCUUUUAAUCAGUGCCAUACAAAGAGUUUUGCGUUUUUUUCUCGGGAAAGUUAUUUUAUAAAAGCAAUAGAAAACUUUUUUCCUGUGUUUGAAUAGCCUGAUAUAAACACUCGAAACAUUGGGAGAAUUCUCGACAGUUAUACAACCCCUCGCCUUCGUCUCGGGUUUACAUAACUGUCUCGAAUUCUCCUAACCCCUCUCGUGUUUAUAUCAGGCUAUGCAAACACGGAAAACGUUUUCUAUUGCUUAAAUAUAAAAGUGAAAUUAAAAAACUCCACUGGGAUGCUUUAAACCCUGGUCACUUGCUUUAUAGCCUACAUCCAUAUCCACUACACCAUCGAGGACUAGCUGCCAAAUCCAGUAAUUUUUAAAAUAUACAUGUUCUUAUAUAUGCCAUACCCCAUUACAAUAUUUGAAAGCUAACCGUUUUCUGUUCAGUGCUUAACCCUAAUCACUGCAGAUCAGUGCUUAACUCUCUACUGUGUUCUCUUCAUAACUGGCGCUCUGUAGUUUUGGUUCUUCAGCUAUUCUAGCCUCAUUCUACAUUCCAGUCUCGUUCCAUUAUGGAAAUAAUGCGUUGUGUAAAAUUCAUAAGGUGUCCAAUCUGGCUUCACUCGAUGUUAUCUAACACUAACCUCUUUGGUUCUACCUCUAUUUUCAGGCAUGCGCCAAGACGUGUGAGUUUAUUUACUCGCAGCUUUCGUUCAUCCAGGAUUCUCUGGAUGGAAAAAACCUGGAGUCUGUGCUCACCGAAUUUGGGAUCCGAGUUCACCGUCAGAUAUAU